AUGAAAAAUAGCUAAGCGAUUAAAAAUGCUAGCAAUAAGGCUAACACCUUUUAUCAGAAGGCCAAAGAAGAUCUACAUAGAGAGGAAAAGGAGGAAAGAUUGACUUACCAGAACAUGCUUCAGUAUAGGAUCUCAAAAAUUGACUAGGAGUCUGACAUUGACAAGAAUAUUGGAUAUAACUUUAAGGAUAGGAAGUUGACCAGACCUGACUGGCUUGAAAAAAAGAACGCCCCCUCUAAAAAUGAGACUAUGAUGACCAACAUCAUGCCAGCUCGCAAGAAAGCAACUGAGACAUUUGAUCCCACAGUCACUCCUCACCAAGAGAUAAUAGAGGAAUAUGAGAGUCUAAGGGAGGAAUUGAAAUUAGCUAUUAAGAGCAAAAAUGAGGAGGAGUUGGAGUAUUUGGUCGAAGAAGCAAUUUAGAAAUAUCCACUGGAACUGGAAGGACUAAUAUGUCAUGGUGAAUUGAUAAUGAAGCAACUAAAAGAGAAGAAGAGAAGCAGUCUUUCAGAUCUUGACUCAUUUUAACCUUCAGAGAUAGAUAUUAUUGAGUCUAAUGGUGAACUAUGA